UCAGAUCAUAUUCAAAAUGAAGAGACCUGCGCCCAGGCUUUGGAUAAGUUUGGCAGCAACUUCAUCAGUCGGGAUAAUCCAGAUCUGGGCACGGCCUUCGUUAAGUUCUCCACUCUGACUAAAGAGCUCUCCACCCUCCUCAAGAACCUGCUCCAGAAUCUGAGUCAUAAUGUGAUCUUCACACUGGACUCCCUGUUGAAAGGCGACCUGAAAGGCGUGAAGGGGGACCUGAAAAAACCCUUUGACAAGGCCUGGAAGGACUACGAAACCAAGUUUACAAAGAUCGAGAAGGAAAAACGUGAGCAUGCCAAGCAGCAUGGCAUGAUCCGAACAGAGAUCACUGGUGCUGAGAUCGCUGAAGAGAUGGAGAAAGAACGGAGGCUUUUCCAACUACAGAUGUGUGAGUACCUAAUCAAAGUGAAUGAAAUAAAGACCAAAAAAGGGGUAGACCUCCUUCAGAACUUGAUCAAGUAUUACCACGCACAGUGCAACUUUUUCCAAGACGGCUUGAAGACGGCAGAUAAGCUAAAGCAGUACAUUGAGAAAUUAGCUGCUGAUCUUUACAACAUAAAACAAACACAAGAUGAAGAGAAAAAGCAGCUCACAGCACUACGGGAUCUUAUUAAAUCCUCUCUACAGUUGGAACAAAAGGAGUCUAGAAGAGACUCUCAGAGCAAACAGGGUGGCUACAGUAUGCACCAGUUGCAGGGAAACAAAGAGUUUGGCAGUGAGAAGAAAGGCUAUCUGCUGAAGAAGAGUGAUGGGUUGAGGAAGGUGUGGCAGAGGAGGAAGUGUUCAGUUAAAGGAGGAAUUCUUACCAUCUCUCAUGCCACUUCAAACAGGCAGCCUGUCAAACUCAACCUGCUCACAUGUCAGGUCAAGCCCAGCACUGAGGACAGGAAGUGCUUCGAUCUCAUUUCCCAUAACCGCACAUAUCACUUCCAGGCCGAAGAUGAGCAGGAAUUUAUGAUAUGGAUCUCAGUGUUAACUAACAGUAAGGAGGAGGCGCUUAACAUGGCCUUCAGAGGAGAGCAGGGUGGAGGAGAUGAUGGGCUGGAAGAUCUCACUAAAGCCAUAAUAGAUGAUGUGCUGCGCAUGCCCGGAAAUGAAGUGUGCUGUGAUUGUGGGGCUCCAGAUCCCAAAUGGUUGUCGACUAACCUUGGAAUCCUGACUUGCAUCGAAUGCUCAGGCAUUCACCGGGAGAUGGGCGUCCACAUCUCACGCAUCCAGUCUAUUGAGCUAGACAAACUGGGAACCUCUGAACUCUUGCUGGCCAAGAAUGUGGGAAACAGUAGUUUUAAUGAAAUAAUGGAGGGAAAUCUUCCUUGCCCCUCUCCUAAACCCACUCCUGGUAGUGGCAUGACUGUUCGUAAGGAGUUUAUCAAUGCUAAGUAUGUAGAUCAUAAGUUCGCAAGAAAAACCUGCAGCUCAGCAGCAGCCAAGAUGAGUGAGCUAUUUGAAGCCGUCAGGUCACAUGACCUACUAGCUCUCAUCCAGGUGUAUGCUGAGGGGGUAGAGCUUAUGGAACCACUACCUGAAGGAGGACAGGAAGGAGGAGAGACUGCAUUGCACUAUGCCGUGAAGACAGCUGACCACACCUCACUGCACCUGGUCGACUUCCUUGUCCAGAACAGUGGGAAUCUGGAUAAACAGACGGAGAGGGGAAACACAGCCCUUCACUACUGUUGCCUGUAUGAGAAACACGAAUGCCUCAAAUUACUGCUGAGAGGCAAACCAGCUACUGAUAUCACCAAUCAGAAUGGAGAAACAGCUCUGGAUGUGGCCAGGCGGAUGAAGAUCAUCCAGUGUGAGGAAGCGCUGGUACAAGCCGCUGCAGGAAAAUUUAAUCUUAAAGUCCAUGUGGAAUAUGAAUGGAAUCUCAGAUUGGAGGAGCUUGAUGAGAGUGACGAUGAUCUGGAUGACAAACCCAGUCCAAUUAAGAAAGAUCGUUCUCCCCGGCCGCAGAGUUUCUGUCACUCAUACAGUCUGUCUCCUCAUGACAAGCUCUCUCUGCCUAGUUUCACUGGCCAGCGUGAUAAACAGCGCCUGUCAUAUACUGCACACUCCAAUCAGAUGUACAGUGUUUCUACCGACUGUCCGUCCUUUCCAGUCUCAGAUGCCCCACCUCUGCCUCCUAGGAAUGCAGGCAAAGCUCCUUCUCUGGCUUUCCUUGGCUCUCAUUCCCACUAUGCUACUCUGGCUAGCACUCGACCAUACAUCAGAAGUGAUUCAACACCGCCUCCUCUCAACAAGAUGUCUCCUGUAACUAACAGAUUUGAGGGUAUCCCACAACAGCAAAGUCUCAACACCACAAAGACCACACUUGGUCCACGGGUCCUUCCCAAACUACCGCAGAAGGUUGCCCUGCGUAAGAUAGACACCAUCCAUCACCCAUCUAUGGACAAAACCAACCAGCCUCCUGAACCUGUCCUGUUCCAGAAGAUUCUGCAUAGUUCAGACACCCCACAGAAAGUCGCGUUAGCCGAUAGACCUCAACCUGGAGAUAUACCUCCUAAACCACAGCCUUCAGAAUUACCCCCUAAACCAGGAGAACUGCCUCCAAAGCCACAGCUAUCUGACCUUCCCCCUAAACCCCAGUUGGGUGAUCUACCCCCUAAACCUCAGCUGAAAGAUCUCCCGCCCAAGCCUCAACUGACAGACAUCUCCCCACCCAAACCUAUAACCACUGAGGUCCUCCACAAGCCUCCACCUGGAGAUGUGGCUCCCAAGCCCCAACCACCAGAUACUCCAACAAUCAUCCAACCAACUGAACUGUCUCCUCAACCUGUCCAGUCUAGCGAAGACACCAAUGGAAGCCCAGCAUCUGCACAAGAGACGCCUGUACCAUUGCCCAGGAAAAUAAAUCCGAUAAAGAGUAAAAUGCGGAGGGUGAAGACUAUCUACGAUUGUCAGGCAGAUAAUGAUGAUGAGCUCACUUUUGUUGAGGGUGAGGUCAUUGUAGUAACUGGGGAAGAAGAUCAGGAGUGGUGGAUUGGACACAUCGAGGGGCAGCCGGAGAGGAAAGGUGUAUUUCCCAUGUCUUUUGUUCAUAUCUUGUCUGAUUGACACGCAAAUGUCGGUCCUCCACCUCCACCAAUGGGACACACUUGACUUAGCUGCUGAAUCAACAAUGCAAGUUUUAGAAGAUGGAACCACAAUGAAAAACACAUUAUCACCUUUCCGACAUCAGAGACAAGAGUGUAAAUAAAAUGUCUAACUUUACCACUGUUACACAUACCAUUUAUUUCAGCCUACCGCACAGUGGCUAGACUGCACCCACUUAAAACACCAGCACUUUCCCUCCACUAUUACUGAUACUUGUAUCUCUGUAUAUAAGAUUGGACAUAAAUGUGUGUGCGUGUUUGUGUGUUUCACACAAGGAUGAGUGUGAUUUCGUGUAAAUGUAGAAACUUGUGUUGGUCUGAAAAGUAAAUGUGAACUUGUACUCUACCUGCCAGUAAGUUACAGCUGGGGCCAGUUUUGUUCAAAUAAGUUGAAGUAUUAAUGUGGCCAUCAUCUAUAGCAGGGACAGACAGGAGUCGACUUUUCCUAAUGGAAUAACUGGACUCAUAAGUUUGCUGAACAUCAGUUUUCAGUUGUUUUUAACAUCACAUUUCCUAAUACACCACUAAAGCAUGUCCGAGAGUGAAAUAUUUGUGUUUGCUAUUUUCUGUUCUUGCUACUCAGUGUAAAAAUUAUUAAC